AUGCCAUCCUCAUCUGUCACAGUAUCGCUCCCCGCUUCGGGCGACGAGUCCAUCUUCAGCUCGGUUUCGAGCUUCUUCUCGUCGCUUCUGCCCGUCGCUCACGCCGAAGAGGAAUUUUCGGAUGACGCCGAAGAGUCUGAGGAGAAGGAAGAGGAAGAGGACGAGGACGAGCCUGAAGACCCCGCGCCCGCCAUCUACGAGGAAUGCGAAAAGUCUAAAGCUUGCGCUCCGCUCAAGCACCACUUCGACGAGUGCACCAAGCGUGUCGAAGAGGGCAAGGGUUUCGAGGGCGAAAACUGCAUCGAGGAGUUCUUCCACCUGGCUCACUGCGCGCAAGAGUGCACCGCACCCAAGCUCUUCAGCAAGCUUGUCUAA